AUGUCUGUGCGCGUCUCUGUGGGAGGUGCUCGCCUUACGUCAGACGAACGGCUUGGCAUUCCAGAAGCAGUUCACGGCAUGCGUGCGCUGGGGCAACUUCUGGACCGCGUACAAGAGUACUGUCGUAGAAGAGAGCUUGGAAAAGAUGAAAAAGUGAAUGUAGUGUUAAAGCUUGUGGUUUCCCUCCUCGAGGAUAUUUCUAAGCAAGGCCUUCUGGAGGAUGAAAGAGUAGAAGCAAAAAUGUUUCUCAGGGAACAGUGCCAGCUCCUGAUGUGCCGAAGCAAAGGUGAACUGUUAAUUCCUUCAACUGUGUUUUACACUAUUUCUCCCCAAGGUUACAACUUUUUGCGAAGCAGUGGUAACAUCGUAUUGCCUCACCAUUCGACAAUUAAACGUGUAUGUGUCGCUCAUGAUAUGAGUCCUUUGAAGGAACAAAAUCAAGAAGGGCUCUUACGGAACAUGAAAAGAAGGGCCAGCCUACUGAAGUUGCAUGAAAGACAUGUCACGGUGAUGCUUGAUGAAAUACACUUGCAGCAAUUUUUUUACUACAAGGCAGGCAGGUUAACAGGAGCUUCUGUUAACAGCACUGAACCAGCGAAAACAGCACACGUUUUUAUGUUUCAGAGUUUACUGUCAGCAUUUAAAGAUGUAGCACACAUAUUACCAGUGUCUAAAAUUACAACUGAAGAACUACAUAACGUGCUAAGAGAAGUAAUAGUUAUUGUUGAGAAGUAA